CGCACGGGCCGCAGCGAUGUCCGGGAUCUUCCGAGGCGUCGCCGGCGUCAUCGGUCGUGUUUCGACCGCAGCGUCCACCUCCGCGUCGCGCUGGUCGCUCGCGUCCAACGCCGCGCCGUCCCUCCCGUCUCUCCCGGCGCACAUCGCCCCGAUCGCAACCCUAACGACGCUGACGGCCGAGUCGAGGUUUCUCGCGUGGCAUCCCGCGCUCGCCUGCGCCGUCCGCGGCAAGAAGACCGGGGGGAUGACCGUUUACGUCGGCGACAACAACGACGUGGACCGCGCGCUGCGCAAGCUGAGGAGGAUGAUGAUCGGCGAGGGGCUGGUGCAGGAGAUGAAGGAUCGCAGGUACUUUCGGAAAGGAUCGGACAAGCGGGUGGAGGCGCGGAGCAUGCGCGAGUACAAGACGCGCAAGCAGACGCUGCGUCGGAGGCUGGGAUGGAUCAUGCACCGCAAGGAGCGCGGGUUCUAGAUUAGUGGACGCAACGCUUAGUCACCAAACAUAGCCCUCGGUGUAUGAUUACGAUAGGUUGAGUCG